AGGGGAAGUUCCAAGGUCAUGAUCAACUGGCCCAAUGUGACAGCGCCCGGCUACCAGGAGCUGGGCCUGAAACCUGAGGAUCUGCAGAAGUCCAAAUGUGUCCUGGGCUUCAUCCCUGUCAUCUACUACAGUAUUCUGCUCUGUGUGGGAGUACCAGUGAACAUCCUCACAGCAGUGGCUUUGUCCAGACUUGCCUCCCGCACAAAGAAAGCACUGUACUACUACCUCUUGGCGGUGACGGGCUCAGAUAUUCUCUCCCAGCUCUUCAUCAUCUUUGUCGGCUUCCUGCUGGAGACGGCAGUUUUUCACCGUGAUGUCCCUGCACUCCUGCUGCACUCUGUCAGCGCUGCAGAGUUCGCCGCCAAUCACGCCUCCAUCUGGUCUACCGUACCCCUCACUGUGGACCGUUAUGUGGCGCUGUGCCACCCCCUUCUCCACCGCCAGAUCAGCUACCCGGCCCGGGCCAGGAAGAUCAUUGGGGUGGUCCUGGUGUUAUCGCUCGCAUCGGGCGUGCCCUUCUUCUGGUGGUCGGACAUGUGGAGGAACAGCCACCCGGCCACAUCGCUGGACACUGUCCUCGUGUGGACGCAUGUAACUAUCAUCUACUUCCUGCCCUGCAGCAUCUUCUUAGUGCUGAACUCUUUGAUAAUCCACAAGCUGAGGGUGAGGCAGAGGCAGCAGCCCUGCCAGGAGGAGCGUGGGCCGAAGCCUGCGCCUCCCCUGCGCCUUGGGAAAACCACGGCCAUGCUGCUGGCCAUCACCUCUGUGUUCUCUGUGCUGUGGGCUCCCAGGACUGUCGUGGUCAUCUACCACCUGUAUGUGUCCUCAGUUCACCGAGACUGGCGCGUCCACCUGGCCUACGACCUGUCCAACAUGCUGGCCAUGCUCAACACAGGCGUCAACUUCUUCCUCUACUGCUUCGUCAGUAAACCCUUCCGCGGUGCCGUUCGGGACAUCGUGCUGCUCAGGGGGGGCCCUCUGUAUCCUCAGCGUGCUCUGCCGCACCCACAGGCCCCCAACAACGCCUCCAUCUCCUCUCUGUACAGUGGGAACAACAAGCGCUCACAGCGAGACUCCACCCCCUUGUCACCUCGCAGGGCCAGAAAGCCCUCGUGACCCUGCGCCCCCUCCUCUUAAUCCAAAACACCCAUCAUCCCACGGCCCCUGAGCACUUCUGACCCCAGGCACGCUGCGUUCCAGCUACGACCAUGGACUCCUGCCAGUCGGCCCUGGAGCUUUCUCAAAGGGUCCAAAAUGAACUCACAAGAAGUGUUUUUUGUAUUAUAGUAUGUCACCG